AUGCGACAGACCAUCCAAGGUUCCUCGAACGGCCGCUCGCCCCACCUCCCCUCUCACCGCCCGCUUCUCGCGAACAUUACGACGGAGUCAGAAGCGAUUGAACCUCCGAAGUCCAGGGCAGAUUCUGCUCAGCAUACGAGUGAUACACCGAGCGAAGACACGGACGACGAGGAUAAGAGAUGUAAACUACGCAAAGGCGAUUACGGUGGAAUUGGCCCUGACCCUUCGCAUAGGCGACGAGGAUUUGGCACAGAAGCGGGAAGUAACAUUGGAAAGAAGAGAUGUGAAUCACGCAAACGGGAUAUCGAUCGAACCGGAGGUGACGGCAACGAAGCGACGCUGAUGGCGCCCAACGACAGGCUGACAGCCGUCAUAAUGAUGUAUCAGUUCUUCUACACUCGCCAUUAUCGUCGAGAGGCAGGCGCAGCUGCUUCGAGGACCGAUGGAGAUCGUAAUGCUGGUGGUGACGCACGAAAGAUGUUGAGUGACGGGACCAAGACUCCCGUACUUGGACAUGAAGGCCAGGCAAGAGCACAGCAUCGGGCGGAAUCAAUGACUGCUGGUGGCAGACUCGCUUCGAGGGCGGAUCAAGAUCGUGAACCUGGUAGUGACACACGGAAGAUGUUGAGACACGAGACCAAUACUACCGUACCUGGACGCCAAGGUCGGACAAAGGCAUGCCAGCGGGUAGAGUCAUUCGAUGCCGUUUGCGGAGAUAAUCCAACAGGAUAUGGGGUAGGGAAAUGGACAUUUUCGGUCGUUGAGCAUCCCAUCUCACAUCCUUUGGGGAAAGGAACACGGCAGCGGACGGAACCUAUGACUUCUGGUAGCAGUGUUCGCAAAAUCAUCACAUCUUUCAUCUUUCUGCUGCGAAAUGGAUAUGAAACUGGGAAAUGCAUGCUGCUGGACAAAGAUAGUGUGAAGUCAGAGCCACCAUGCUGCUGCUGGUAUGAAGCAUGUCAACGCCGAAGAUUUGCAUCUCACGACUGCCGAUUCUCUUCAGGAGCAUUGGCGAGUUUGCAGGCUGAGCAGGCGCUAGUAGCCGAGAUAGUCGAUGUUACGCCAACGAGGUUACGCGCACGCCAACGAGGUUACGCGCACGCAAUCGAGAAACCUUCUCUGGCAUGUGACGGAACAGCAGUAUUGGCAAGAAGCUCGAUUCCUAGCGCCGAGCGCUCACAUGUAGUCUUCUUACCUUCUACGUUGUCUUUUCACGGCACCGCGGGCUUCGCUGAAUGCUGUGCUUCCACGUAUCCUGACACUACUGCCUACGCAAAGGCUCAUAAUGCGGGCAAUAGACCUCCUUGGAUGAGUCUAGGAUUGCAAUCAUUCAUAGCCGAGUCCCGCGCCGGUAGCGAUGAAAACUAG